AUGUCCAACGCUGAUGAAAGUCAGUGUGCAUCCAAUCUAGAUGGAACUUUAAAGGAUGCAUCUGAAAUCACAUUCUACGAGUCUGAAUCUGACGAGAUACCUAUCAACAAAAAUUCUGUAACAUUGAAGAUACCAGCUAAAUCAGCCCCGAGUCAGCUUGAUAUCCAUUCAGCCCUCACAAAGUCUGGUGCUUUACCUGCAGCAAGAGUAGCUGGUAGCCGUGUUCAAAAACCAGCAUGGAAGCUUACCACUCACGAAAAUGCUGCAUCAUCAUCAUCUGCAACAAAUCACAAAUGCAAACAUCAGUUGUUGGAUCCAAAUGAUUAUGAACUAGCACCGGUCAAGCACAAGACUUCUCGUAUGCACAUCGACUCAGAAGAUGAGUCCCAAGACCCUCCCACAUCUGUUCUCGAGCAAGAUGCAGAUGGUCACAAUGAUGCACAACUGGAGGAUGAAGAUGACAACACCUUGAAGUCUUAUGCAGAGAUUCAGGACGAACGUUGCACUGAAACACAGGUAUGUCUUUUGGUCAAAAUCUGUCUCAUUCAUUCACGUUUGUUUCACGCUCAGGUGUGUGUUUUUAUUCAAAAUAUUGCAAAAGGCCGAAAAAUGUCAGAUAGCACUACACAGGACAGAAACUGGUGUGAAGUUUGCAAUAAUCAAAUUCAAAGAGCAAGACAUGUCACCAAGCAGGACUGCUGGUUCAUGGGAGGUGUAUCCACACUUCCCAAACACAUUGCUCAUCUAUGUGUUAGCAACUGGGAUACUCAUGGUCUGAUCUAUCAGGCAAAAUGCAAGGCUGCAGGUAUUGCCAUGAACCACAUGGCCUUACUAAAGGGUGCCCUCAUCGAUGAUGUUACUGAACCAUCAACUACCCAGUCGAAGCUUGAUGGCUUUGCUCACCCCGCUUCUCGAUAG